AAAGCUUCCGCAGGACGUCUUCGGGUCCUUGUUGACUGGUUCAAGUCGUAUACGAGAAGUCUCAUCUCAUGUCGGUGAGUGUGUUUAUACAUACAUAUGCAUAGACAUAGCAAUCACACCACCACCACAAAAAUGAAACGAGAUUUCUUCACAAAUCUACCUUCAGAAAUCACCAUAAACAUCCUCUCAAGACUCCCACUUGGAGGCAUCGCAAUGAGCAAGUGUGUUUGUAAGCCAUGGCUUCAUCUGCUCGCUACCGACGACUUCAUCAAAUCCCAUCUUGCUAAAUCCACCCCCGCCCUAGCUGUCUUGACUUCGUCUUCCUGCACAGUUUUCGAAUUCAAAGACCACCAAAACCUCGACCGCCACGAUCUUCACUACAAUCCACUCACCAAAUUCGAUCUCCCUCACGCCGCAGAGAUACAGGGCUCCGCCAACGGCCUGCUUUUUCUGUCCAUGUCUGCAGCUCACUACGUGUGCAAUCCGAUCACCCGUCAAUAUGCUGAGCUCCAUUACCCUAGAGAAAUAAUCCGACCAUAUCCAAAGGUAGUCAAUUAUCCCGAGAUUCUCAGCGAGUCUCUCCACUCUUAUCCACAUUCCGUCACUUAUGGAUUCGGCGCGAGCAGAAUAACCGGCCAACACAAGGUUGUUCAAAUCUACCACGAUUCCGUCAUUGUUGACGGAGGAAGAAGAACAAUUCCAGAAUCCGAAUGUCACGUUCACACGCUCGGAACGGGGACGUGGAGGCGCGUGAAGCCCGGGGCCCUACUCGAGUACUCUUCCCGUUCCUCAUGUGUGUUCCUCAACGGCAAUCUUCACUGGGUAGCAUCUGAUUCCGAGGACAGGUUGUGGAUUUCUUGCUUUGAUCUUGAAACAGAGCGUUUCAGCUCCUUUUCGACUCCUCCCGUUCAUCAAGGGAGCUUCGAGCUCAUCCCGGGGCUGUCUACUUUGGGGGGUCGCCUGUGUUUAUGUGAUCACACUAGGGAAGUUGAGACUGUUAUUUGGGUGAUGAAGGAAUAUGGGGUCGAGGAAUCCUGGACAAGGGAAUAUGUGAUCAACUUAAAUGAAGAUGAUCUUGAUAUCGAAGGCUUUGAGCUUGUUUACCCUAUUAAAGUUUUCCAAGAUGCUGAUAUUUUGAUGCUGCGAGAGAACCGCCAGCUCUUCUACUACUCCACCAACACCGGAACUGCUAAAGAUAUUGGUAUCUUUGAUGUGGAUUCUUUCGUCACCGCGAUUCUUCUCACUCCGAGUUUUCUUUCACUCAAAAGUUUGGGAAUGGAGAGUGUUGUCUCGUUUUGAUUUGUUAAGAAUGCGGAUCUCCGUUGCUUUUGCAAUAGAUGUAACGUAUGUUAUGUAUUGAUUAAUGCUGCAUGUUAAGGGCGUGUUUGAUAUUGGCUAAUACUACAUUGUAUUAGCUAAUUUAGUAUAAAUCAGUCUAGUAUUUGGUA